UUUUGGGUGCGGUUUAAACGAGGGUCUUCCCUUUUUUUUUUUUCUGUUCAUCUGCCGUCCAAUCUUUUGCUGGGCGAAAGUCUUUACUCCACUUGUGCAACUACUUGCAUCCGUCAGCGAAUACUGCUCUCAACAUCUCCAGUUGACCGCUCUUGAGUCUCACUCACGUAGACAUACUGGUCUCAUCGUCAUCCCGACUCAACCAUUUGGCCUGCCUUCAGCUACUACAAUUUGCAAAGUGACACUUUCUGGCAAGGUGACCGUUUGUGCAAGAAGAGUACACUGAACGAUACAAGUCUAGUGCAACACCGGUCAUCUCACUUUCAUCAGGUGGACGCUUGGCCCGUAACGAGUCUCCUUUCUCGAAAUUCGGCGGACGUUGUCGGUCGCUCUCCGCGGCCUUCGGACCCGCAACGGGGGAAUGCCGGCACUGUUUGAAAGUAUUCUUGCUGCACUUGCGUUGUAGCGUCGACUUCUUUACGGUCGGGUACCCUUUUGAGGGGCCGAUCCUUGCACAGAGAUGGAUACAUCGUAUUCAUCAGGGUCGCAGCAAGCCUAUCCAUAUCAAUAUUAUAGUCAGCAAUACCCAUGCCCCUACUACCCCCCUGGCAGUGAAUACUCGGGCUAUUCCCCAGGGUCCACACAAUACCCGUAUGGCGAUUAUAGGCAAUCACCGCCGCAACCCCCACCUCCAGGCUCGUCACAAAGCUCACCGUCCCCACACGAUUACUACCUACAGAGUCAAGCUAAUCAGUACUACUACGAUCAACCAUAUCCGUCACCAGCUGCAUAUACCGGUUAUCCUUAUCCACCACGAAGUUCCGUCCCUUCGUAUCCCUCACAAGCUCAUGGACAUACACCACACUACGAUUCAGCUGCCGCAUAUGCAGCAUGGAUGGCCACGCAAAAUCCGCGCGGAAUUGAAGGCGAUACCGUAUCAACGGGAAAUGGCGUGGCGGGUGACGGUGUGAGCACCUCACCUCAAAGUCGAACCAGAGUGGACUGUGUUGAAGUGGAUUGUAUGAUGCGAGUCAAGGAAGAGUCUCCUUCAUCUACGUUGCAGGAAAACAAGCCCACGAAUAGAGUCAAAAUAGAAGGCCAGGCCAGUUCUGAGGAUAUAGGCACCCUAGGCAGAGAGAAAAUGGGUUCACCUGUAUCUGAAAAAAAUAAGGCGCUGACUAUGGUAAAGCAAGCGUCGCUUAUUUCGCCCACAUCAAAUUCCUCAAAUAUCCCGGACAACGAUGGCGCGAGGGUCCCUCAGGCAGCAGAAAGUGAGCGAAGUUUGGCAUAUGACGCCGAUCUUAUUACUCCGUCAUCUCCGCUAACCUAUGGGACAAAAUCGGCAGAUAGGGAGGAGAGCAGGAAUGCUUCACCAACUGAAAAGCAAGUGUCUGAGGUGACCGUGGUGAAGAAAAAUGGCGCCCAACCGUAUACCGACCAGAAACCGCAAGACCAGGGGUCUUCUGAUGAUUCGCUGAGUGAACUCUCUGAGGUCGACGGUGAAAGUCUUAGCAGCACGUCCGAGCCUACUGGUUCUGAUCAGGAGCAGUCCACCCCACCAUCCGCGCAUGCAAGCCCUAAUCAUUCACGAAGCCAUAGCUUUAAUGUUGAAGAUUUUAUUGGGCCAUUCAUUGAUCCCAACGACAUGGCAAGCGAUGACUAUGAGUAUACGGAUUCUGGGGCAGCGUCGUCCAGCAGUGACGAACGAGGCGCUGGACUUGGGGAAGACAGAAGCAGGCAGGGGAGUCGCCAGUUAUCAGCUAGAAACGGGCGGAUAAAUGGGCGAGCAAAAAAAAGGAGCCCUGCAAAGCGAACUGUUGACUCUGACAGCAAUUCCGAACCAUCGCAUAGGACGUCAAGGCGACGAUCACGAGUUACCCGUUCCAUGAGCAAGCAAACCCCCAGGCCCUCGAGAGCCAGAAAGCAGAUUACUCCCGAUAGUCGAACUUCCCGUCAGAGUGUGUUACAAGACUGGGAUGAGCUUGCUCAUUUAUUUCCAUCCGGGGAUGAUGAUGAUGAAGAUGAUGGGGCUGAAGUUACUUCCAGAAGGCGUGGAAGACCGCCAUCGAAUAAAACCAAGGCUAUGCGGGAGUUCAAGAAAAAUCAAGUAGCGUUAUAUGAGCAAUUGAAGGAGAAAGCUGAGCUUCGUUCGCGGGAUGGUCAAGUUGGGUCAAAUGGAAAUAUCGAUCAGGAAGGAACGAAACAAUCCAUUCCAGCACCGGCGAUUGUAAAAUCCCGUGAGGGUGAAGGCUUCUCCUUCGGAGCCCGAUUCAUACGAUGGGAGCGACUUGACGAACGAGAUCGGAGUGGACGAACAUUCCUAUUCAAAGCUGCGAGUCGGGGAGACUAUGAGCUUUGUCGGACUUUGGUGGAAGCAGGUGCAGAUGUCCAUCCUAAAGACAAUGCUGGCUGGACAGCCUUGCAUGAGGCAUGCCUAGAAGGUCAUCUUUCCAUUGCGAGUUUAUUGAUUCAGCAUGGGGCGGACGUUAAUGUUCCUGGAGACAAUGAGGACACCCCGCUACACGACGCCGUGCAGAGGGGCCAUCAAGAGGUAGUGGAGUGUCUUCUCCUUCACGGCGCGUCCAUCAAUGCAAAGAAUGCCGAUGGCGAAACUCCGUUUACGGUCGCAGAUGAGAAUAUGAAGAACGUGAUCAAGGAUUGGCUUGACAAGGCCAAGCGGGUUCUGGCGGUUGAUAAAGCUGGGAGAACUCCUUUACAUGACGCAUGUGCAGAUGGGGAUCUCAUGGAGGUGCGACGGAAUUUGUCUUUCGGAGCGGACAUCAAUUGGGCCGAUAAUGCAGGUUGGACUCCUUUGCACGAGGCUGCCUUGGCAGGACACGAAGAUUGCGUUCAGGAGCUUCUGACUAACGGUGCUGAAAUCAAUGCGCUUGGUUUUGGGAACGAUACGCCACUUCACGAUGCAGCAGCAAACUCGCAUCAAGAUGUGGUGCGGCUGUUGUUGGAGUAUGGAGCUGACCCAACAAGGAAAAAUUUAAAGGGGGCUUUGCCUGUGGAUUUGGCGAAGGAGGAAUCUAUCAAAGAGCUUCUAUGCGAGAAUCCAGAAAAGUGGAAGCCAUACAAGACGGCCCUCAAACGACCGAUGUCAGCCCUUCAACAGGCCGUUGCGCGAUCCAUGCUUGUCCAAAAUGCAGAUGCUCUGAAACAGGCAUCUACUGGUGAUGAGCGGAGUGAGCCCGAUCGUCGGCGACGCGUCGAUCGUCGAAGCUCUACAGAUUCACAAGGCGACAGCAUGUAUGAUAGGCAGCCUUCGUCCCACGGUAAAACUAAGAGCGGUUCUGCAUCAGAGAAGAAUGAGUAUUUCAGACAUGGAGGCCUUAAGGAGACAGAUUCUCCUUUUCAAUCUGAACGCGACCGUCGGAAGUUUGAACAGCUUUGGCAAAUUCUCCAGCGAGACGAGUCAGCCAAAUCUCCUGGCCAAGAGGGGCGCAUACCUCGCUCCGAUAAUGUACGAAAGCGGAAGCGCCCGUCUGUGGGUGACGCAUCUUCGGACGAUGAUGAGCCAAUAUCAGCGGAUGCCACUGUGGCGAAAAAGGCAGCCGGUAGUAGGAGAACAUCUGGUGUUUCUGGGAAGCGAGUAGGACGACCUCCAGGCAAAAGAUCGGAUAAGGGCAAGUCUUGUACUCCUGAUGCGGAGAAUGGUCGGCCUAUUUUGGAAAAUUCGAUUCAAGCACCUACGGUUGGGGCAAAGGAUAGGAAGCAAAGCAUAUCUGUGACAAGCGUAGCGCCUCCGGAAACCGCUAGCCACCGUUCGAAGUCUGUUGAGGAGAUUGUGAGGAUGAUGAACUCGGAUUCCAGCGAUGUUGAAAAUGAUACUGAAGUUAGUAAACGACAGCGUUCAAAUUCGGGUGAUUCUGUCAGCCUGCAAGCACCGCCUGCUACUCGCCAGAAACGCGAAGAUACCGCGUCAUAUGUUUCGUGGAUUGAUGAACCACUGGAAGAGCAUCCAAAAGAGUCCCAGACCCUCCUUCCAGCUAUGGUACCACUCGAUACACCAGAGAAGGCGGACAAUCAAUUGAUUCAGAAGGAAGAGGCUGAAUUCCUUGACAUGAGCAUGACUAAUGGUGUCAAAGAAGAAGCCCUGACUGGUGAAAAGAAAAUAACUCAACGCCGGAAGGACGCUGAGAAUGUAGAGCGAGUCGCAAGACGUAGUCGGCGGGAAGCUCCUAGUUCCAGCGUUCCAAAUGGUGCUGCAAAGAAAGCGUCCAAAGAGCAUAAAGAAAGUGGGCGCGAUGAUAAAACACGGCGUGGACAUGGAGAUUCUUCCCAUGCGCCCAAAAGCAUUGAAGACUCGCCAUCAGUGUCAGCGAAAUGUUCUGCUAAUGAGAAGGAACCUUCCGAACGAUCGCCUGGUACCACAAAGAAGCAAAGAGCCUCUAAAAGUCCUGUUCGCAAGAAGCGCAAGGCAGCCAUUUCCAAAGACGCUGUUGCUGCGGAGGAUGAUGGACGGAAAGGGGAUGUCGAGUCAAGAAGUAAGGCCGAGGGGGCUAAUGGGAGCUCUAUGCUCGACGAAGAAUCUCCCGCAGGGUCAGUUGUAUUAUCUGUUCAAUUGGGGGCUACCCCUGGUGCGCCACAUGAAGAAACUUCUGCGCCGGCUUCCAAGCAUAUCACAGUCGGUGUAUGUGCGACGUCUCCUGAUGUUCCGUUAUCCUCCUACAAGAAGAAACGUCUUAGCAACGGUGGGAUCCCCCGGAUUAGUGGGUACCAACGUGCAACGGGACCUGAUGAUUUGCGGAACGAUUCGGCCAAGGACCUGGCUCCUGACUCAACUACGGUUGCGCCAGUGACAAGGACUGGACGCAUUGAUCCCAUUCGUGAGGCGGCUGCGAAAGAGUACCGGCUGCGGCGAUGCUUGCCGUUGUAUGCCAUGUACCUCACUGAGGAAACCGUAGAAAGUGGAGAAGGAGGUACAGGGACAAUGACGUCGGACCGACCUCGCACUCGGGCACGAUGGAUGGUGGACAUGCAAAUCGGCCUGUUAUUUGGGUACAGAAAUGGACGUGAACUACUUGAUCACUACCAACAUCUCACCCGUCGAGUAGCCAAUUCAGUCGAGAAAGACCGUCUCGAAAAGACUUGUGUUGCUGAAGCAGUGUUUACAAGUAUGGUCCACGCCAAACCCGAGUGCGUCAGGUGGGCCAAGACUGUAGAGAUUGGCGACGCAGGUAGCGGUCGUAAAGGACUACGAUUCACGUAUUACGAUGUAAAUUUUUUAAGAGAAGAUGAAGUUUUGCAUGAGAUUUCGGGACUGAGGGAGCGAAUGAAAACAAGGGGGGAGUGGCUCGAAGAAGCCACCAUUGUAGAGCUGGAUGUUGGGUGUGGUGGAGUUGGAGAGGGCGUGACGAUACCGACGUGAUGAAAGGUUGAUACCCCGUUUGGAUGGCAGCUUUGGGAUUUAAAUGGAGAGGGGCACAACAGAAUGUGUGGGUAGGUCGGGGGGUUGGGCAAUUUGGCAUUUUUUUGUGGGCAAAUGUGGAUACUUUUGAUGUUAGCUUGCAUUUUCUGUUGAUGCGGUUUGGUUUGGAAAUCGGCUGCUUGGUUUUUUUCUUUUUUCUUAUUUUUUUGUUUUGCUGGUCCAAAGCACACAUGCCUUUCUCUCUCUCUCUCUCUCCUCUAUCUCUGUCUGUCUUUUUCUUUCUUGUUUGAGGUCCCGUUUUUUUCUCAAGUUGCGUUAUUCCUUUAAUCCAUGUAUCUAGCUUAUUCAAUUCUCCCUUUUCUAUGUCCGAUGUUUUCUUUUUUUUUUUUAAUGUUGGGCAUGUAGAGCUGCAGAAAUGGUUUAGAUUCGGAUAAGCGCCCAAUGAAAAACUGUGCC